ACAGACACAAAGCAAACUUUUGCUGGGCUCCAGGUGACCGCCCACAGUUUAUUAUAAAGCUGACUACACCCUGCAGCCACCAGCACUGCCUGGCUCCAGGUGUCUCCUGAUCUCAGUAUGGCGCUGUCCUGGGUUCUUACAGUCCUGAGCCUCCUACCUCUGCUGGAAGCCCAGAUUCCAUUGUGUGUCAACCUAGUACCGGUGCCCAUCACCAAUGCCACCCUGGACCGGAUCUCUGGCAAGUGGUUUUAUAUUGCAUCGGCCUUUCGAAAUGAGGAGUACAAUAAGUCGGUUCACGAGAUCCAAGCAGCCUUCUUUUACUUUACCCCCAACAAGACAGAGGACACGAUCUUUCUCAGACAGUACCAGACCCGACAGAACCAGUGCAUCUAUAACUCCAGCUACAUGAAUGUCCAGCGGGAAAAUGGGACCAUCUCCAAAUACGAGGGAGGCCGAGAGCAUUUCGCUCACCUGCUGAUCCUCAGGGACAUGAAGACCUUCAUGCUGGCUUUCGAAGUGAACGAUGAGAAGAACUGGGGGGUGUCUGUCUAUGCUGACAAGCCAGAGACGACCGAGGAGCAACUGGGUGAGUUCUACGAAGCUCUCGACUGCUUGCGCAUUCCCAGGUCAGACGUCGUGUACACCGAUCAGAAAAAGGAUAAGUGUGAGCCACUGGAGAGGCAGCAUGAGAAGGAGAAGAAACAGGAGGAGGGGGAGGGGCAGCACGAGAAGAAGAAACAAGAGGAGGGGGAAUCCUAGAAGGACACAGCCUUGGAUCAGGACAGAGACUUGGGGGCCAUCCUGCCCCUCCAACCUGACACGUGUACCUCAGCUUUUUCCCUCAUUUGCAUCAAUAAAGCUUCUGUGUUUGGAACA